CGCUCUGAAGAUGGCGGUCGGAGUUGGAGAGGGAGAGGAUUUUGGUUAAACACCUGCCGCCUGUUCCUGGCCCGGGGCUGGUGGAGUGUGACUGGACACGGCGAUGAGACCGAGCCGGCGAUGCAGGGUACCGGGGGUUGAAAUGGAAGGAAACCAACCUUCUGGAGACUCCCCUCUUAUUAACCCCAGAAAUCCAGUAAAUGCAUCAAGCUCUGCAUCAGAAAUUCACCUUGAACAGUGGCAAAGCCCACCAAAACCUAAGCCUUCACUGGAGAAUGUUAGCAGUUCAAAAUCUAUAGGAGAUUCAAAGAUGAACUUUGGGAAGAUGCAAGAUUUUGCUGCAACAAAUGCAGGAAGAUAUAAAACUUGUCCAACAAAAGCUAUUCAGCCAGUUCCUAUAUUGAAUGCUUCUGCGAAAAAUAAUGCAAAUACAGAUCUGGAAAAUGCUACUAUUCAGAAACAGCGCAAUGAAUUACAGCUACUUGUUGCAGAACUGAAAGAUCGGGACAAAGAGUUAAAUGAAAUGGUGGCAGCGCACCGAAAGCAACUUGCGGCAUGGGAGGAGGAUCGUCUGAGGAUACUUAGCCUGGAAGAGAGAUGUGCUAAAUUGGAACAUGAACUGCGAAACAGGAAUGAGACCAUUAGAUCCUUAGGUGCGCAACAAAAGAUUUUGGAAUCUCAGCAAGCUGAUUGUCUGAAAACACUGACCAGUACCCAGCAACGGCUGAAGGAAAUAUCUGAAAAAGCAGCAGAAGCUGCUAAUACCUGUGAAGAAUUGGAGGACAAGAACAAAACCCUCAAUUCCUCCAAUUUAGAGCUUUCUGCCCAGGUGGGACAGUUAGAGGCACGUGAACAGGAACUCACCGCAAUGCUGGAAUUAAAGGACAAGGAUAUGGUUGACGCCACCAAUCAUAUCAUGGAUCUUACAGCUAGGUUCAAAACCUUAGAGGGUGCAUUACGAGAAGCCAGGGUAAAUGAAACGAAUACCAGAAAAGAAGUGCAUGAUUGCAAACAACAUUCAAAGAAACUAAGACAUGAAAUUUGCAAGCUCAAAGAUGAGUUAGAUGAAAAGACUGUGGAAAAUAAUGAACAAAGAGAAGAAAUUAUUCGUCUUAAACAAGAGAGGCAAUAUCUAGGAAAUGAGCUCACUUUAGCAGUUGAAAGGGAGAAGAGGAAAGAUCAGAUACUGGAGCUGGCAAGGUCAAAACAGGAGCGAGCGGACACUGAAUUGCAUGGUCUUCGACAGGUGAAUGAAAAACAACAACAUGACUUGCAGCUUCUGCAUCUGAAUCUUGAAAGUUCUCAGGAGUUGAUCCAAAUACAGGAGGAGAAAAUUCUGGAAAUUAGUUCAAGUCGACUUCUCUCCGACUCAAUGACACCGAGCAGGGAUGGGCGUAAUGAGAUAGAGGAGCAAAAUCACAAAAAUGAUGUAGUUAGAAAAUGGAAAAAGGAGGCAAACAAAGACUGCGUAGUGACCAGACACAAAGAAGAAACAACUAAACCAAUGCAAAGCUUUAGUGAUGAAUUAAUUUCAUAUAAUACCAAAGAACAAAGCCAUAUGUUAGUCUCAGAAGUGGGUAAUACUGCCAGAAAUUAUACCUCGACCGAAUAUGUAAAUGCUCAAACAUUCUGUCCUAACAAUUUCGACCAGACUGCAAAUGGAAAUCUGGCAUUCAAGAACUAUAGUCUACAGGUUAAUGUUAAUGAUUCUAAUAAAAAAACAACAAAAUAUGUUCUCCCAAAGCAAAGCUCCAAAUAUACAACUGCAAAUGAUUGUAUCUCACCUCAGUCAAGAGAUGACAAUUUACAGCAAGUGUCAAGGAAGCAAAAAUGGAGAUUUGAAGAAUCGUCUGAUGUCAAUCCCACAGAGUGUAUGGAACAAUAUAAUAAUGUAAAUUAUACAAGCAUUGAUCAUCACAGUCCUCGCUGCAGCAGUUCUUGCAAAGGCAAUUUAACCAGCAGUUCAGUAGAAAAUCAUUAUACACUUUGUUCAAAGACAAGUGCAACUUCUAUUGUAUCAACUAAAGAAGCAAUGAAGACGUCAGAGAAUCAUAAAAUGGAGGACAAGUACUGUAACGAAUUGAAUGAACGUAAAAUUAAUGAUGAAAUGAUUCGACCUCAUACAAGGUAUGAAACCGACCAGGAGCCUCCAAACCCAGAACAAGAUUGGAUGAAGAAUUAUCAGCCAGCUGUUGAUGUAAAGGAUUUGUGGUGGCUGUACCUAAAUGAUGGUUCAGGAUCCUCACAUGAGUUAGACAGUCCUGCUAGUAUGGGAAAAAAGAGUGAGGACAGGCUGGAAUUGAAUACAUUUAGUCUGGAUUCACCACCACGUUCUGUGAAUUCCUCACCAGUCAGAGAGCGGUCAAGAGGAAAGAGCAGCAUCCAUGGUGACCUAUCUGUGAAUGACUCUGUUUCACCAGUGAGGCUGAACAUUAACGAGGACAACGAAAGAGGGUCUGCUAAUAAUCCUUUCCGAGAUGACUGUUCACCAACGAUUAAACUGCAACGUCUGCUGGCUGAAUCCCGACAGAUGGUUGCUAGUCUGGAACGAAGCACUCAAGUUCCUCAUAGCUUAUCAUCCUGUGCUAACAACAAUAAUAACGCAAGGGAUGGUUGCUCGCUCUAAUAUGAGAAAAUCACUCCUGUGUGACAAGAUAAAACAACAGAAAAUUGCAAAGUGGAGUGAAUGCUGUAACAAGAACUUUAGGCGGCAAUGGAAGAAGCAUUAAACUGCCAAUAUCUAUGACAGUUACACUUAAUAUUUACCGGACCAGAUUCUGAUGUGUUUUAGGAUGCAGAUAUGAAAAUUGCAAAUAAAUACUUGGAAGCAAUUGUCAUUUGUGGACAGUUAUAACUAUAGUAAUGGUAUUUCAAGCUGUAAAUAUUUUAUUUUUAAUAUCCCAGUCCUGAUCAGACUAUCAGGAGUAUCUGUUGAAAUUAGACACAGAAAAUAAUUAUGUUCAAGGUGGUGUUUUAGAGCAAGAUCACAACACUUUUAUAAAUAAAUUUUGCUGUUUAUAACAUAAUAAAUACAUUUUUAAAAUCUCGUUUAUAUAAUCAAAUAAAUUGAAUGGCUGAAAUCCGUCUUCAAUCAGCUGAUUAAACUAGCCCACCUUUUCAGUUUUAACCAUAGUUACAAAGCAUAUGUGAUAUCAAAUGCAGAAAAGAGAAACUCCAGUGAACCAUCAAUAUGUAGAGGGCUUCUCCUGUUCUUUUGUGUUUCUGUUGCUUACCUAGUCAAUGAGUCUUUCUGCAUCUUUGGUAAUCCAUUUAAUGAAGUACUCUGCCUGAUCUACAUCUAUAUUAUUUUGAAUACUCUGUUAAUCUGUAAAACUAGUGAGAAUGUGAUUUUUUUAUUACUAAGGGGGAGGCUCAGUGGUUAGCACUGCUGCCUCACAAUGCCAGGGACCCAGGUUCAAUUCCUCCCUUGGGCAACUGUCCACGUGGAGUUUGCACAUUCACUCCAUGUCUAUGUGGGUUUCCUUUGAGUGCUCUGGUUUCCUCCCUCCAAGGAGGUACAGGUGAGGUAGAUUGGCCAUGCUAAAUUGCCCAUCGUGUCCAGGGAUGUGCUUGCGAGUUAGGUGGAUUUGCUGGAUUGCAGGGAUAGGGUAGGCCCUACGGGUCUGGGGUAUGCUCUUCAGAGGGUCGAUGUGGACUUGAUGGGCCAAUACUUCCACACUGUAUUUCUAUGAUUCUAGAUGUCAGCGACGUUGUUCCUUGAACAACUUUCCUUUAUUUUUUAAGCUUUUCUGUUUUGAUUUAGCAUGAUCUUUCUAAGCCCCUGGAUUUUAUUACUGAAACAUUAACAUUGCAAAAUGAAUCCUUUUCUAAUAAAUCAUUGACAUGAUGUUGAGAAAAGACUGAUUCAGAAAGAUAGUACAUUUGAGCCAUUGAUCACACAGGCUAAUGAAAUACUGUACAGUGUACAAAACAUUAUAUACAUAUUUGAGAACAAAGUUUCUAUGGAUGCUCACUAUUAACAUUAAAUUGAAAAUGCGUUUACCACGUGCUAUAAUUACUAACUUUUUUUUGUUUCUACCUCUCUUCAAAGUGGCUCUCAAAGGCAGUUAGAGAUGGGUAAGUGUUGGCAUUGCCAGGUAUGCCCAUAUCUCUCAAAAAAAUAAAAAAUAAAAUAUAGUAUGGUUUUUACAUGCAAAACUAGGAUUAAAACUAAGCUAUCCAGCUUCUAGUGGCCUGCUCUGCCAUUCGCUAAGAUCAUGUCUACCUAAAAUCCACUGUCCCGCCGUAUCCUUGAUUUUCUUAAUGUUCAAAAUGUACCUUAGCCUUGAACUGAGCUUCCACAUUCUCAUUCUAGACCCUCUAGUCAAAGGAGUGCUGAGUCGGCCAUAGAGGCAGCAACAUGUUAGGCAAACCCAAUUCUUUCUUCAAGAUGUUCAUAUAUGCAUAUUCCAUGUGGACUCUGGGUAUCAGGAGUGGUGUUCUAGCCAGAUUCCUCACUCUAGUAUUGAGGUACAUUGAAGUGAUUGACCCUACUAUUCUGGUUAGUUUAGAAAAUUAGCAUUUGGUAGGGAUUGGUUGGAUUCAUUCCUGGUCCAUUUAUCUCAGUGCCAACUGAAAUGUUAAUGUCCUUUUAAAGAUGCUUCAAAAAUGCAUACACUUUGUUAUUUCAUUUUCAUGUAAAUAUUAUGCUAACUGUUACAUUCAUUGUAUAAAUUGUAGAACUAUUUGUAUUUAUUUUUAAUGCAAAGAUAGUGCUGUGGUCCCAUGAAUUAUUGAAGCACACCAUUAGUUUCAUGAAUAUGUAAGUAAAUAGUUUCUGUUUGCUUUUGAUGAUUAAUGUAGGUCUACUUAAAUGUACAGAAAUAUGUUUUCAAACUAUAAAGCUUUCUUAGUUCCUGCAAUUAUAUGAUGGAUCAUUUCAUUCUGAAAAUUAGCGUCAUGAGUAAAUGGAGUAAGUUGCAUUCUUUCAGGAACUAGUCAACCAGUUGGUGGAAUAUUUCAUUUUGAAUUUCCAGCCUCGACUAACACUUGGCCUGUGCCUUCAUUAUAUGGUCAAGUGCCAUUGCUUGUCUUGAGAUGGUGGUGUAAUUCACCAUAUGAGAGAGGCAAGAAGAUCAACUGCACCUCAAAUAAAACUGCCCACACCCAACCUCCCCACCAUUGUGCCUCCUUUGAGAUUGACACUGCCAAUUGCAACAGUUGAAAUACACUGGACAUGAGAGUAAUGGAGAAAAUACGUACUUUUAUUAUGAAAACAUUUGCAUGAGAGGAACAACAGAACAAGUAUUAUUUGUUAAUACUAACUUUAAUACACUUUUUUUGUAAUUUUGUAUUUUUUUAAUGUUUUAUUUUGUUGGGGCUUGGCCAUUACUGAAAAUGUAAAUAAUUUGAGAUAUUUAUUGAUUGUUUUAUUAUAAAACUCAACAGUGUAUGUUCCUACUGUCAUAUAAUAGCACUAGUUUAGCUGAAUUCAUUGAAUUAAUUUUUUAUGUAUAUGAAAUUGGUUUAUUUCAGACCUUUAUAUUGAAAUUAAUAGCAAUUUUGUACUUGCAGCUUUUUUAUUAGAAUUUAUUUAAGUUCCCAAAGGGUGUUGUGUGUUUGUAUAAAGUAAUGACAUUAGAUCUGCAUUAUGAAGGUGAUGUACAUGAGACUACAUGAUACAUUUGGCCACUAAAUGCUGUUUUCAAAUUUUUU